AUGACGGAUUCAAGAAAAAAUGACGAGGAGUUUGAUGAAGUUAAUAAACUUUACGAUGAAUGUUUAAACUACUUAAAAAACAUCAACAGUCGGGAUCAUGAUGAAGACGAAAUGAAACUAACAAAUAAACACCCGGAACAUAUAUACGAGACGAUAGACGCUAGGAGUGAGAAGGAUGAGGACAAACAGACAGAAGACAUGUACAGUAGACCGAACAAAAACACGAGCAUAGAGAAACAUCCAGCGGUACAAUAUAAAAUAGAAAACGAAGGCUCUAAAGGCAGUUUAAACUCACUGUCUGAGACCAAGUCGGAACGACUGAGACGACUGUCAGCACAACUACCGAGGAUUAUUAUAACGAAGAGUAGCUCCAGUAUAGAGACGAAGAAAGAUGAGAACGAACACGGAGUAGGGAAUAAGAAAUAUACUCAGCAGAGAAUAACGAAUAUACCUGUCACUGAUAAGAGUGGGUUUAAGAGAAGUUCUGAUAACAAGAGGUUAGAACCUCCACUUCGAUACAAGGCUCACUGUGACUUUCCCAAACGUCUCGUCUCCAAGAGCGGGAACGAGAACGUGGCGCUCAUCUCAAACGUACCGUUCGCUAAAAUACGACUCCUCAACGACACCUUUCAUACAUUGAUAAAUCUCCGUUGGCGCUGGCUGGUGGUAGGCACGGUGGUGGUUCACUUCUCCCUGUGGCUGGUGUUCGCUGUGUUCUGGUACGUGACGGCGCUCGCUCACUACGACCUGGGACCCGAGCCUCCUCUACGGACCUGCGUCACAGGAGGAACAGACUUCGUCACCAUCUUCCUCGCAUCCGUUGAAGCACAAACGACCAUCGGGUUCGGUGACCGCGCCAUCGACGAGGAGUGUCCAGAGUCCAUCUUCUUAUUUAUAAUGCAGUUAAUCCUCGGCACCGGUUUGUCCGGAGUUCUCACGUGUGUGGUGUACGCUAAACUAACGAGACCUGAGAAAAUGACGAGGGACGGAGUCGGGUUUAGUAAGAAAGCUGUUAUCUGUUGUCGUGACGGUCGCCUGUGUCUCAUGUUCCGUGUGUGGGACCUCAACUACGACCACAUCAUUAGCACCGAGUUCUCAGCUCACUUCAUUAACACGCACAGAACAAAGGAAGGUGAAGUAAUUCGUUACCACGCCCGGUCGCUGCGUCUCCAUCAGCGACAGUUCCUUCUGUGGCCGGUGACGUUGGUUCACGAGAUAGACGAGCAGAGUCCGCUGUACAGAAUGACUCCCAAGAAUAUUAAUGAGUACAGUUUCGAGAUAACAAUAAGUCUGAAGGGCGCGUCUUCAUCAAUGGGCACGUUCACUCAGAGUCAGAGCUCGUACCUGCCUCGCGAGGUCGUGUGGGGACAUCGGUUCCUGUCUGUCGUUAAAUAUGAUUCUCGCAGACAGAAGUAUGUGAUCGAUCACUCUAAACUGGACACUACUGAACCCGUGGAGACGCCCUACUGUAGCGCGUAUGACUUGUACAGGUCGAGUAGUCCAGUGAAGGCGGAGUGUCCUUCAUCACCGGGCAGCUUCUGUGACGCGAUGAACACGUUCCGUGUAGGGAGACAAUCAUCGUUCAGGAGACGAGACAAAACAUAA